AUGAGUAACUCUGGAGAAGAAUUUGAGAAUGUUAAACACAUUUCUUCAAAAAUUAUGAAAAAAUAUCUUGCAUGGCUCAAGUCGUCGGUUUUUGAAGAAACUUUCAAAAUGUUGUUGGCUUCCAAAAUAUCAAAAGAUGGUGAUUUCGCUUUUUCUUCAGAUGAUAUAAAAAACAUUUCAAAGUUUGUUGCAUCGGGCAAGGAUUAUUUAGAGGAGAACAACUGUGAUUGGAUGAACCGUUUUCGAAUGCUAACGAAAGAUCAACAAUAUGCCGUUGUCAGACAUCAGCAGUUCUCCUACUUUUUAAAAAUGGCUAAGAAACCCACCUUAACCUGCCGAAACUUUGAAUACAAAAAUUAUAAAGCAAAGAUUCAUCACAAGGAUAAAAGUUGUCAUCUACACUUUGCCUUAUUUUGCCAAGUGUGA